AUGCCUGCAGUAUCCGGUUCAUCCUCUCGCGCCCUGAACGCGAUUAUACCGCUUGUCGCGUCUGGGCAGCCCUACGAAGCGCACCAGAAAGCACGCACCUUCGCUUCACGGUACAGCAAGUCUGGGCAGUACGACACUGCCAUCGACGUGCUCUUCCAGAGUGCGAGAGAACUCCUGAAAGUUGGCCAGCAGGGAAGCGGAACAGAUUUGACGCUGUUCCUUUUGGAAGUAUAUGAAAGCAAGGGUGAGGCCGUGGAUGAUGAGUCUCGAGGGAGACUAACACAACUCAUCGCGCUGACUGGAUCAUCCGGAUCAUGGAGGAAAACGAUCAUUGAUAGAUCCAUAUCAUGGUCAGCCAGACAUGGUGAUUGUCCCGCAGGUGACCAAGACCUGCAUCACUACAUCGGAGAGCUCUUAUAUAAAGAUGGGGCUUUCGAUGCGGCAGAACCUCACUUCCUCGCGUCAGGAAAAAGGGAUAGCGCACGUUCACUAGCGAAUAUGAUGAUAGAAUGGUCAGCAGCGGGCGGAGCUCCAGGGAACUUUGCCCUUCGAGGUACACUUCCAUAUCUACAAAAUGGCAAUAUCGUCGGAGCUCGCACAUUCAUUUCGCAGUUCAUUGCACAAGUGAUUUCAUCUCGACCGAAACUGAUUUCGCCACUGCAAUCAUCUCCAUUGUCUGUCACUCCUACGAGUGAAAUCACACAUACGACUGAGCCUGUGCUCAACUUCUGUCAGCUUGCUGUCUUGACAUGUCAACGUGCGAAUGGGGAGAAGAAUAAAGUGAUGCGCGAGAGCUGGGUAAGGCUUUGUGGAACAUAUCAAUCUAAAGGUGGCGUCUUAGCGACCAGGGAAGUUCGGACGACACUACAGGAGAUAGCAACGUUGUACUUUGCAAUUCCUCCGCCACGUACUCAGCCUGAUAAUCCUUUGGGAGCUAUGAUUUCCUCUAUGCUGGGCGGUGGGAUGCCGGGAGGAGGGGCGCCUCCGCGGCGGAUGCUGUCUCCCGCUGUGAGCGGACCAUCGGCACCAGGACUGGAUUAG